AUGGCCUCAAACCCGCCAAGGCAGUGCUGCACCAUUGGUGUCAAGCAUGCAGGCGAAUCGACAGGCAAGAUUAUAAAGAUCGCCGGUAAAUACGACGGCUACCUUGCGACGCCGCUAGCUGAGAAAGUGCACGACGGUGUCGGCAUCCUUAUCCUACCCGACGUUAUCAGCAUUUUUGAGAACAGCAAGCUGGUUGCCGACCAAUUCGCCGCCAAUGGCUACUUGACGCUUAUCCUAGACAUCUUCAAUGGGGAUGCCCUCUCGCUCAACCGCCCCGCCAACUUCGACUUCAUGGGCUGGCUUGCCAGUGGCUCGACCGGUGACAACCCGCACACCAAGGAGGCCGUCGACCCCAUUGUCUUGGAUGGCAUCAAAACAUUGAAGGAGCAAUAUGGGGUCAAGAAGCUUGGAGCUGCUGGAUACUGUUUCGGUGCAAAGUACGUCGUCCGCCAUUACAAGGACGGCAUCGAUGUCGGCUAUCUGGCUCACCCUUCGUUUGUUGAUGAGGACGAGCUAGAGGGUAUUACCGGCCCGCUCUCCAUCGCAGCCGCCGAGACGGACAGCAUUUUCCCAGCCGACAAGCGUCAUCGCUCCGAGGAGAUACUCCAAAAUGUUGGCCAGCCAUACCAGAUUAACCUCUACUCUGGUGUUGUACACGGUUUCUCAAUCCGUGGCGAUCCUUCGAAGAAACAGGAAAAGUUUGCCAAGGAACAGGCUUUCCUGCAAGCUGUUGCUUGGUUUGACGAGUACCUGCUAUGA